AUGACAGCAUAUUCUGAUAUGAAACAACAAAAACCAAAAUUAACUAAGGAAGAGAAGAAGGCACUGAAAGAGAAACAGAUUGCUGAGAAACUAGAGAGGUUAGCAAGAAAGAAGGACUUGACAACAAAACAAACAGAUAAACAAAAGAAGAAGGAAACAAAGAAAUGUGGCGGUUAUGAUCCAGCAGAAGUUGAAGCAAAAUGGACAAAAUUCUGGUUGGAAAAUGAGACAUUCAAAUGCAAAGUGAAUUCUGAUAAAGAAUUGGAUAAUUUCUGUAUGAUAAUUCCACCACCAAAUAUCACAGGUUCACUCCAUAUUGGACAUGCCAUGAUGAUUGCAAUUGAAGAUGCAAUAGUACGAUACAACAGACAGAAUGGUAAGAAUGUGCUCUAUUUACCAGGUUUGGAUCAUGCUGGUAUAUCAACGCAAUCAGUGGUGAUGAAAAAGAUAGCAAGAGAAGAUAGUAAUAAGUUGCAAGAUAGAGAGUAUUUCAUGGCUACAGCACAUGAGUGGAGUAACAAAUAUGGAAGUAGAAUCAUAGAACAAUUUAACAGAAUGGGAUCAUCAUUGGACUUCUCAAAACAGAUGUUUACGUUGGAUCCACGUGUGAGUAAUUCAGUGAAAAAGGCCUUUAUAAUUUUAUACAACAAGGGAUUAAUUUAUAGGGAGAAUAAGAUGGUGAAUUGGUCUGGGCAGAUGCAAACGACACUGAGUGAUUUAGAAGUGAAUUACAAGACAGUAAGUGGCGGAGAGGAGCUUACGAUGGAUGGGAAGAAGCAUCAAUUUGGUUUGAUGUAUUAUGUGAAGUAUUUUAUUGCUGAGAAGAAGAAUAAGAAGAUGUUGGAUGAGAAAAUACAACAAAUUAGAAAGAAAUUUAAGGAUGAAUCAAUGAAAAACAACUAUAUGUUGCAUAAUGCAAUGAAUGAUGAAAUUUAUAGCACACUACCACACAUAAUUGUAGGAACAACGAGACCUGAGACAAUAUUGGGUGAUACAGCAAUAUGCAUGAAUCCAGAAGAUAAGAGAAUGAAGAAUAUCAAGAGAAUAUUCGAGAGGCUUGAAGUAGAAGAUGUAAUGAACGAUGAGAAUAGGACAACUAAGCAUACAAAAGAAGAAGUAGAAACAGAUUUGAAUACGUCUAUGAAAAAGGAAAAACGAAACAAGUACAAAGUGGUAGGACAGGAAGAUAACGAAACAGGACCCAAUGUGUCUGAUGACCUGAUUGCAAUUAAUCCAUUGACGUAUGAGUUGAUUCCUGUGGUAUUCGAUAAACAGGCUGAUUUGACACUUGGAACUGGAAUGCUCAAAAUCACCCCAGCCCAUGAUAUGGUUGAUUUCAAAUUAGGUCAGAAACACGGGCUGAAAUUUAUUACCGUAAUUGAUCAGAAAAAUAGAAUAUGCUAUAAUUCACCAUACAAAGGCAUGAAGAGGUUUGAAGCAAGAGAAUUGGUGAAAGAACACCCAUGCAUUCUGAAGGUUGAAGAAUACGAUCAAAUCCUCCCAUUUUGUUCAAGGUCAAAUGAUUUGGUUGAACCAAUACUAAAAGAGCAAUGGUGGCUGAACUGUGAUGAAAUGGCUGCACAGGCAUUGGAUGCUGUAGAACAAGGAGAAAUCAAAUUAUUUCCUGAGGAAUCCAAAGCAAUUUGGAGUAGAUGGCUCAUAAACAUCAAAGAUUGGUGUCUUUCAAGACAACUUUGGUGGGGUCAUAGAAUUCCAGCAUAUUUUUAUAAGAAGAAUGAUAAAACAGAAUGGAUUGUAGCAGAAUCAAUUGAUGAAGCCAGGAAAUUGGUAAGAGAAAAAGAAGGAACUGAAAUGGAAUUAGAACAGGAUGGUGACGUAUUGGAUACGUGGUUCAGUUCUGGAUUAUGGCCAUUUAGUACACUUGGAUGGGAAUGGGGAGAGAAAGACAAUUCUGAAUUGCUUAAGCAAUUCUUUCCUAACUCGAUCCUUGAGACUGGUUCGGACAUUCUGUUCUUUUGGGUUGCCAGAAUGGUGAUGCUUUCAUACGCCUUGCUUGGAACGAAGCCAUUUGACACAAUUUUAUUGCAUGGAAUUGUAAGGGAUGCUCACGGACAAAAGAUGUCGAAAUCUCUUGGAAAUGUGAUUGAUCCAAUCUACGUCAUUGAAGGAGUUACACAGGAUGAGAUGAUACAAAACAUAUCAGUUAAUGUAUCUAAGAAUGAGAUGGAACGUGCCAAAGAGAGUAUAAUAUUGGACUAUCCAAAUGGAAUACCAAAGUGUGGAGCAGAUGCACUACGAUUCUCGCUGCUUUCCUAUACAAAUGGAAUGAAGGACAUCAACCUGGAUAUUCUGCGCGUAGCUGGCUACUCUCGUCUUUGUAACAAGAUCCAUAAUGCAUUCAAGUACGUUGAAAGUAAGCUUACUAAAAUGCAUAAAAGUGUAGACGACUGUGAGAAAAUGGAGACAUUUGGUGAGUUAAUGGCGCACAACAAGCACAUUCUAAACCAGUUGAAUGAUUGUAUUGCGCAACAACAUAAGAACUACGUCACAUACAACUUCAUGGGAGUAACACAGUCAUUGCACAUGUUUGUGCUCUACUCAUUCUGUGACGUCCACAUUGAGCUCUCCAAGGCAUUUGAGACUGAAACAGACCUGAACGUCCUUGUCUACGUCUUCUUGGCAUUCAUCAAGUUGCUUCAUCCAACUAUGCCAUUUAUCUCUCAGGAAAUUUAUUGCCAAUUGCACCAGUCAAACAGAAUCAUCUCAGAUUUCCCAAAAAGAGUCAAACAAGAAUUAGCCAGUGACUUUGCCUCAGUUCUAGACGCAGCCAAAUCCAUUAGAGGCAGCAAUAAGGCCACAGUCUCGAAACAUGCUGAAUACUUGCGUAUUCUAUGCAAAGAGACUAAAAUUGACGAAGAUGGAGACAAUACUGAAUUCAGUUUCACCAUAUAA